AUGCAUGAAGAUGGCAAUCAUUUGUAUGAUGAAUUGAACGCUUUAAUUAAAGAAGGUGAAGAAGUGCUAAAUGAUGCUGAAGCAAUUCCAACUAUAUAUACUACUACAAUGGAUGCAUUUGUGAGCCCUCUUGAAAUGGCAACAAAAUUGCUUCAAACAAUGCUGGAAAAUGACGAAAUGGCUAUACGUUUAAAGGCAACUGUUAAGGAUGCAAAAUUUGUUGAUGAACGAGAUAAUGCAACAGAUCAGCUUGAAAUAAAACGAAAGCCACUUGAUGAGAUUGGAAAUAAGCAUAUUAGAUCAUGUGAAGAAGUAAUUGAUGAUCUCGAUAAACUUAAGAAAGCAGCUAAUGAAUUGAAUGAUUUACGUAGUGUGAUGUCAAAAUUGCAAAGCCUUUCCGAACAGUUACAUCCACUGGAAACUGCAUAUGCAGAUGUUCGCUUUUAUGAUGUAGAUGUUGAGCAAACACAACAGCAAUAUGAAAAUCUCAUAUCUUUGAUAAAUAGCGAAUUACACGAUGAAAAUAUUCUGAAUGAAUCUGCUCAACAAUUGGCUCAAGAAUUAGAAUAUCUUAAUGGCAAAUUUUCAAUGGAAUCGAUUAAUCGUGAACAAUUUGAGGAGAUGCUAAAUCAUCAAUUACCUUCAUUACAAGCUAAGCUGCAAUUUUUACAAGCAAAAGAUGAUGAAGCAAAACGAAUUCGUAUUCAUGUUGCUCGUAUAUCUCAACCAUCAAUUGAAACAUUAGCCGAACAACUGAAUCAUAUUUACAUGGAAUUAGAAAAGCUGCGUACCGAACCAUAUGAUGAAGAGAAAUUGAUAAAAGUUGAAGAACAAUUACAGCAGCUUCCUGUAGAAGAUGAAAAUACGCAAAUAUUAGCUAUAGAGGUACAAAAAUUACGAGCAGAUAAAGUUGAGCGUGAUGCAGUUAAAAAAGAAAUCGAAAUGAAACUAGCCGAAUUACUCAAUCGUAUGAAUGUGAUACGGACAAACUUGAGUGCAAUAAUGGAAGAGAAAGAAUCGGAAAAAGGAAGAACAAAAAAGAAUAAAAAAGCAUUAACCGAUAUUGAUGAACAAAUUAAUGCAUUUGAAUCAGCGUUAAAUGAAACAUUUGGUGAAAUUUUACCACCAAUGAAUGAGCUUAUUUCUCGAUCGCAUCAAGAGAGCAUCAAUCUUCCAUCACUUCAAUCUGAACUUGAAAAUACACAAAAUUUCGCUGAAAAAUGCAAGAGAAAAUUGGAUGAGAAGCUAGCAGAAAAAGAGGAAAUGAAAAUGGUACAAUCUGAGCUUGCAGAAUUAGAAGAAAAAAUAUGUUUAGCUAAUCAAUUGCUAACAUAUGAUGUAAAAAAUGCUGAUAAUCUAGAAGAUAUUGAAGAAAAAGCGAAAAAUAUUGAAAAUUUGGAGCAAUUCAUGAUUUCAACAUUGGAUAAGUUAAAAGAUUAUGAUGGCAAUAUGUUGAAUGAAGCAAUGUCUCUUAUUGAUAAGCUACGUAUUUUACGGGAAUCUAUUGCAAAUCAUCAGAAAUCAUUCGCUGAUUGGAAAAUUGCUUACGAUAAAUUAGAAGAUGAAAUACGAGAAAUUAAUGAUAAUAUGGAAAGAUUAUUUAUUAAUUAUACAGAACCACAAUCGUAUACAACAGCAACAAACGAUAUAAAUAUAUUAGAAGGAUUACAAAAACAGAUCAUGGAAUUAUUAAAGAAAACGAUCAAUAUUGAAGAGAAUGUAGUGCAAAAUUUACCAAACUAUCAUUCUGCAAUCAAUAUAAUGAAGCAAAGAAUUGAAAAAACUGCCAAAGAUAUUGAGAAUUUAUUAUCAUCGCUUAUUGAAGAUGUUUCAACACAAAAGCAACUUGUUGAUAUGCAAAACGAUUUGAUCAACCAAUUGAGUAAAUUAAAUGAUUGUGCCAUAAUGGUUCGUAGUGCACCAUAUGAUGAAACACAUGCUGCACGAUUAGAAGAAUUAAAAAAUGAACUUGCAAAAGUAAGUGAUAUAUUGGAAGAAUUGAAAGAAAAGGAAAGGAAACCAAUAAAACUGGUGCAACAUUCAAACGAUUUAAGAAUAUCAUCUAUAGUUGAUCAGUAUGAAAAUGUUAAUCAUCUUCUGAAUGAAACUGAAGAGCAAUUGAUGAAUGAAGCUGCUUAUGUAACAUUACAAUCAACAAUUAACAACGAAACGAAAGAGCUACACUAUAUGGUAGAUGAAGCGUAUAAAGUUGAAAAUGAUACUAAUGCAACAACAAACGAUUUGAAGAAAGCAAUUGAUGAUCUCAAAAAUGGUCGAUCACAUUUGACAGUAUUACAAGAUGCAUAUGAUAAAUUGGAAACAAUACCAGAUACGGAUUCAUUACGUGAGAAAGUAAUUGAUGAAAUUUCAACACUAAAUGAGCAAUAUGAUAAUGUUGAAAGAAUUUUAGAAGAUCGACUUGAUAUGCUGAAUAAAUUUGACGAAAUAGCGGAUAAUGUAAACAAGCAGUUGAUGGAUCUUGAAAAUGAUGCACAUAAACUGGAAAUUCCAAAUGCCAGUUGUGAAUUAUCCGUUGCUGAGAAAAGGCUUAAUGAUGUUAAUAAAUUAGAAGAAUCAUUGAAAGAAUUAUACGAAUUGAAAGAACAAUUAACACCAUUAUUGAAGCCUGUUUUUACAGUUGAAGAUUUCGGUAAUCGUUUAUCAGAUGUGAACAAAAAUUUCCAACAAUGGUACGAUGAGCUUGUGAGAAAGAAGCAAGAAUUGGAAGCUGAAAAUAAUCUAUCAUGUUUAAUCAAUGAUUUCAAGCAAACUCUUAUUAAUGCCGAAAAUGAUUUUGAAAAGCUUGAAGGAACGAUGAAUUCAUUGAAGAAUUUCAGAGAUAUAAUUUUACCAAUGGUAGUUGAAAAAUCGGAUCGUAUCAGAGAUCUAAUACUACCGGUAAAAACUGAAAAUAUUAAAGAGCUUUAUCAUGAUGUCGAUAAACUAACAGAUCGAUAUAAUGAUUUAUCAACACGUGUGAAUGAUAAAUUGAAUCAUGCAAAGGAGCAGGAGAAUCUAUUUGAUGAUAUCCAACGACAGCUUGAUGAUAUGGAACAAAAAGCUGAUGAUUUUCUCAACAAAUAUAUCACUUCACAAGAUUUAUCAAUUGCUAUGGAAGAUAUCGAUCAAUUGCAUUCACUUCUGAAUCAGAUUCCAACAUCAGCAAUGGAAAAUAUCAUUGAACGUGGGCUCAGAGAGAAUUUAUUAAAGAAAGCAGAUAUUAUAAAGAAUAAGAUUAAAAAUUUACUUCUUCCACUGGAAAAAGAUAUGAAAAAGGAGCAAGAAUUGAUGCAAAAUGUUCAUGAAAUACUAUCGACAAUAACUUCAAUUGGUGAUGAUGUUAUUGGAGUUGAUAGCAUAAAUGAGCCAUCACAACAAUUGAUGAGCAUUGGUGAAUUAACUGAAAAUUUGCGAAAAUUGAAAGGAAAAGUUGAAAAACUAGAAGGAAAAUUACAUAAUUCGGAAGGUAUGGUAAAACGUGCAUUAAUAAGUGAUGAUCUUUAUGAUCGUGUUGUACAAUUACAAAAUGCACUUGAUGAUAAGAAAGAGAAAUUAACCGAUCGUGCCAAAUUAUAUUCCACAACUGCGGAGAUAAAUUUGAUCAACGAAAAUGUGCAACAUUAUAUAAAUGAAAUGGAACAAAUACCAUUGCAAACAGUUGAAGAACAAAAUAAUGCAUUAAGUGAGCUUGAAGGAAAGAAACAUCAACUUGAAAUUUUGCUAGAAAAUAUUCCGAUGAAUGAUGAAGGUAAUAAGUUACGUGAGGAUGGUAAUAGAUUACUGGCACAACUGAAUGAUAUUCUAAAACGGUUAGCUGAUGCAGUUGGAGAAAAGCUUGCAGCAUUAGCAUCAUUCAAUGCAAUUAGAGAUGAAAUUGAAAUACAACUCUCAUCAUUGCAAUCAAUGCCAAUAUUAAUUUCUGAUGAAAUUACUCUAUCUGAACUUGAGCAUCAAUUGUGUGAUAUAAAUGAUAAAUUUAUUAGUUUGGAAAGGUUUAAAAAUAAAAUCGAUGAUAUUGAUGAAAGAAAUCUUGAUGUGGACAAAAUUACCGAAAAGCAGAAUCUUCUUCAUACAAUCGAAAAAGCUUUGGAUCAUCUAAAGGAUGGUCAACAAAUGGUAGAGAAACGAAUCAGUGAUUUGCGUAUCGCAGAAAAAAUGCAUGAAGAUGGCAAUCAUUUGUAUGAUGAAUUGAACGUUUUAAUUAAAGAAGGUGAAGAAGUGCUAAAUGAUGCUGAAGCAAUUCCAACUAUAUAUACUACUACAAUGGAUGCAUUUGUGAGCCCUCUUGAAAUGGCAACAAAAUUGCUUCAAACAAUGCUGGAAAAUGACGAAAUGGCUAUACGUUUAAAGGCAACUGUUAAGGAUGCAAAAGUACUUCAAGCCAAUUUGUCACAUCAUGCCAAUCUAUGGUUACAGUUUGUUGAUGAACGAGAUAAUGCAACAGAUCAGCUUGAAAUAAAACGAAAGCCACUUGAUGAGAUUGGAAAUAAGCAUAUUAGAUCAUGUGAAGAAGUAAUUGAUGAUCUCGAUAAACUUAAGAAAGCAGCUAAUGAAUUGAAUGAUUUACGUAGUGUGAUGUCAAAAUUGCAAAGCCUUUCCGAACAGUUACAUCCACUGGAAACUGCAUAUGCAGAUGUUCGCUUUUAUGAUGUAGAUGUUGAGCAAACACAACAGCAAUAUGAAAAUCUCAUAUCUUUGAUAAAUAGCGAAUUACACGAUGAAAAUAUUCUGAAUGAAUCUGCUCAACAAUUGGCUCAAGAAUUAGAAUAUCUUAAUGGCAAAUUUUCAAUGGAAUCGAUUAAUCGUGAACAAUUUGAGGAGAUGCUAAAUCAUCAAUUACCUUCAUUACAAGCUAAGCUGCAAUUUUUACAAGCAAAAGAUGAUGAAGCAAAACGAAUUCGUAUUCAUGUUGCUCGUAUAUCUCAACCAUCAAUUGAAACAUUAGCCGAACAACUGAAUCAUAUUUACGUGCUUGUAAAAGAACGAUUGGAUAAUCUGUCAAAAAUAGAAAAACAAGAAAAAGAAAUGAUUAUCAAGAUGGAAUUAGAAAAGCUGCGUACCGAACCAUAUGAUGAAGAGAAAUUGAUAAAAGUUGAAGAACAAUUACAGCAGCUUCCUGUAGAAGAUGAAAAUACGCAAAUAUUAGCUAUAGAGGUACAAAAAUUACGAGCAGAUAAAGUUGAGCGUGAUGCAGUUAAAAAAGAAAUCGAAAUGAAACUAGCCGAAUUACUCAAUCGUAUGAAUGUGAUACGGACAAACUUGAGUGCAAUAAUGGAAGAGAAAGAAUCGGAAAAAGGAAGAACAAAAAAGAAUAAAAAAGCAUUAACCGAUAUUGAUGAACAAAUUAAUGCAUUUGAAUCAGCGUUAAAUGAAACAUUUGGUGAAAUUUUACCACCAAUGAAUGAGCUUAUUUCUCGAUCGCAUCAAGAGAGCAUCAAUCUUCCAUCACUUCAAUCUGAACUUGAAAAUACACAAAAUUUCGCUGAAAAAUGCAAGAGAAAAUUGGAUGAGAAGCUAGCAGAAAAAGAGGAAAUGAAAAUGGUACAAUCUGAGCUUGCAGAAUUAGAAGAAAAAAUAUGUUUAGCUAAUCAAUUGCUAACAUAUGAUGUAAAAAAUGCUGAUAAUCUAGAAGAUAUUGAAGAAAAAGCGAAAAAUAUUGAAAAUUUGGAGCAAUUCAUGAUUUCAACAUUGGAUAAGUUAAAAGAUUAUGAUGGCAAUAUGAUGUUGAAUGAAGCAAUGUCUCUUAUUGAUAAGCUACGUAUUUUACGGGAAUCUAUUGCAAAUCAUCAGAAAUCAUUCGCUGAUUGGAAAAUUGCUUACGAUAAAUUAGAAGAUGAAAUACGAGAAAUUAAUGAUAAUAUGGAAAGAUUAUUUAUUAAUUAUACAGAACCACAAUCGUAUACAACAGCAACAAACGAUAUAAAUAUAUUAGAAGGAUUACAAAAACAGAUCAUGGAAUUAUUAAAGAAAACGAUCAAUAUUGAAGAGAAUGUAGUGCAAAAUUUACCAAACUAUCAUUCUGCAAUCAAUAUAAUGAAGCAAAGAAUUGAAAAAACUGCCAAAGAUAUUGAGAAUUUAUUAUCAUCGCUUAUUGAAGAUGUUUCAACACAAAAGCAACUUGUUGAUAUGCAAAACGAUUUGAUCAACCAAUUGAGUAAAUUAAAUGAUUGUGCCAUAAUGGUUCGUAGUGCACCAUAUGAUGAAACACAUGCUGCACGAUUAGAAGAAUUAAAAAAUGAACUUGCAAAAGUAAGUGAUAUAUUGGAAGAAUUGAAAGAAAAGGAAAGGAAACCAAUAAAACUGGUGCAACAUUCAAACGAUUUAAGAAUAUCAUCUAUAGUUGAUCAGUAUGAAAAUGUUAAUCAUCUUCUGAAUGAAACUGAAGAGCAAUUGAUGAAUGAAGCUGCUUAUGUAACAUUACAAUCAACAAUUAACAACGAAACGAAAGAGCUACACUAUAUGGUAGAUGAAGCGUAUAAAGUUGAAAAUGAUACUAAUGCAACAACAAACGAUUUGAAGAAAGCAAUUGAUGAUCUCAAAAAUGGUCGAUCACAUUUGACAGUAUUACAAGAUGCAUAUGAUAAAUUGGAAACAAUACCAGAUACGGAUUCAUUACGUGAGAAAGUAAUUGAUGAAAUUUCAACACUAAAUGAGCAAUAUGAUAAUGUUGAAAGAAUUUUAGAAGAUCGACUUGAUAUGCUGAAUAAAUUUGACGAAAUAGCGGAUAAUGUAAACAAGCAGUUGAUGGAUCUUGAAAAUGAUGCACAUAAACUGGAAAUUCCAAAUGCCAGUUGUGAAUUAUCCGUUGCUGAGAAAAGGCUUAAUGAUGUUAAUAAAUUAGAAGAAUCAUUGAAAGAAUUAUACGAAUUGAAAGAACAAUUAACACCAUUAUUGAAGCCUGUUUUUACAGUUGAAGAUUUCGGUAAUCGUUUAUCAGAUGUGAACAAAAAUUUCCAACAAUGGUACGAUGAGCUUGUGAGAAAGAAGCAAGAAUUGGAAGCUGAAAAUAAUCUAUCAUGUUUAAUCAAUGAUUUCAAGCAAACUCUUAUUAAUGCCGAAAAUGAUUUUGAAAAGCUUGAAGGAACGAUGAAUUCAUUGAAGAAUUUCAGAGAUAUAAUUUUACCAAUGGUAGUUGAAAAAUCGGAUCGUAUCAGAGAUCUAAUACUACCGGUAAAAACUGAAAAUAUUAAAGAGCUUUAUCAUGAUGUCGAUAAACUAACAGAUCGAUAUAAUGAUUUAUCAACACGUGUGAAUGAUAAAUUGAAUCAUGCAAAGGAGCAGGAGAAUCUAUUUGAUGAUAUCCAACGACAGCUUGAUGAUAUGGAACAAAAAGCUGAUGAUUUUCUCAACAAAUAUAUCACUUCACAAGAUUUAUCAAUUGCUAUGGAAGAUAUCGAUCAAUUGCAUUCACUUCUGAAUCAGAUUCCAACAUCAGCAAUGGAAAAUAUCAUUGAACGUGGGCUCAGAGAGAAUUUAUUAAAGAAAGCAGAUAUUAUAAAGAAUAAGAUUAAAAAUUUACUUCUUCCACUGGAAAAAGAUAUGAAAAAGGAGCAAGAAUUGAUGCAAAAUGUUCAUGAAAUACUAUCGACAAUAACUUCAAUUGGUGAUGAUGUUAUUGGAGUUGAUAGCAUAAAUGAGCCAUCACAACAAUUGAUGAGCAUUGGUGAAUUAACUGAAAAUUUGCGAAAAUUGAAAGGAAAAGUUGAAAAACUAGAAGGAAAAUUACAUAAUUCGGAAGGUAUGGUAAAACGUGCAUUAAUAAGUGAUGAUCUUUAUGAUCGUGUUGUACAAUUACAAAAUGCACUUGAUGAUAAGAAAGAGAAAUUAACCGAUCGUGCCAAAUUAUAUUCCACAACUGCGGAGAUAAAUUUGAUCAACGAAAAUGUGCAACAUUAUAUAAAUGAAAUGGAACAAAUACCAUUGCAAACAGUUGAAGAACAAAAUAAUGCAUUAAGUGAGCUUGAAGGAAAGAAACAUCAACUUGAAAUUUUGCUAGAAAAUAUUCCGAUGAAUGAUGAAGGUAAUAAGUUACGUGAGGAUGGUAAUAGAUUACUGGCACAACUGAAUGAUAUUCUAAAACGGUUAGCUGAUGCAGUUGGAGAAAAGCUUGCAGCAUUAGCAUCAUUCAAUGCAAUUAGAGAUGAAAUUGAAAUACAACUCUCAUCAUUGCAAUCAAUGCCAAUAUUAAUUUCUGAUGAAAUUACUCUAUCUGAACUUGAGCAUCAAUUGUGUGAUAUAAAUGAUAAAUUUAUUAGUUUGGAAAGGUUUAAAAAUAAAAUCGAUGAUAUUGAUGAAAGAAAUCUUGAUGUGGACAAAAUUACCGAAAAGCAGAAUCUUCUUCAUACAAUCGAAAAAGCUUUGGAUCAUCUAAAGGAUGGUCAACAAAUGGUAGAGAAACGAAUCAGUGAUUUGCGUAUCGCAGAAAAAAUGCAUGAAGAUGGCAAUCAUUUGUAUGAUGAAUUGAACGUUUUAAUUAAAGAAGGUGAAGAAGUGCUAAAUGAUGCUGAAGCAAUUCCAACUAUAUAUACUACUACAAUGGAUGCAUUUGUGAGCCCUCUUGAAAUGGCAACAAAAUUGCUUCAAACAAUGCUGGAAAAUGACGAAAUGGCUAUACGUUUAAAGGCAACUGUUAAGGAUGCAAAAGUACUUCAAGCCAAUUUGUCACAUCAUGCCAAUCUAUGGUUACAGUUUGUUGAUGAACGAGAUAAUGCAACAGAUCAGCUUGAAAUAAAACGAAAGCCACUUGAUGAGAUUGGAAAUAAGCAUAUUAGAUCAUGUGAAGAAGUAAUUGAUGAUCUCGAUAAACUUAAGAAAGCAGCUAAUGAAUUGAAUGAUUUACGUAGUGUGAUGUCAAAAUUGCAAAGCCUUUCCGAACAGUUACAUCCACUGGAAACUGCAUAUGCAGAUGUUCGCUUUUAUGAUGUAGAUGUUGAGCAAACACAACAGCAAUAUGAAAAUCUCAUAUCUUUGAUAAAUAGCGAAUUACACGAUGAAAAUAUUCUGAAUGAAUCUGCUCAACAAUUGGCUCAAGAAUUAGAAUAUCUUAAUGGCAAAUUUUCAAUGGAAUCGAUUAAUCGUGAACAAUUUGAGGAGAUGCUAAAUCAUCAAUUACCUUCAUUACAAGCUAAGCUGCAAUUUUUACAAGCAAAAGAUGAUGAAGCAAAACGAAUUCGUAUUCAUGUUGCUCGUAUAUCUCAACCAUCAAUUGAAACAUUAGCCGAACAACUGAAUCAUAUUUACGUGCUUGUAAAAGAACGAUUGGAUAAUCUGUCAAAAAUAGAAAAACAAGAAAAAGAAAUGAUUAUCAAGAUGGAAUUAGAAAAGCUGCGUACCGAACCAUAUGAUGAAGAGAAAUUGAUAAAAGUUGAAGAACAAUUACAGCAGCUUCCUGUAGAAGAUGAAAAUACGCAAAUAUUAGCUAUAGAGGUACAAAAUUACGAGCAGAUAAAGUUGAGCGUGAUGCAGUUAAAAAAGAAAUCGAAAUGA